UGAGAGAGAGAUAACACAUUUCCGGUUCUCCAGCACAGGAAAGGAGACUUGGUGUAGUUUGAUGAGAUUGUAAACGUGAGCUAAACAAACAGUACAGUCACGUAAGCUACAGAACGCGCACGUGUGUAAGUGUGUGUGUGUGCGUCUAGGUGCGAAUAAGUCUUUGUGUUGGUGUUUCCUGUGUAUCGUCUCAACACCUAUUGCACUUUGUUGCCUCUCGCUGUUGGUACACAAUGGGUGUUGUCCUGCUAACGGUGUUGACAGCCGCUACCCUCGCUGUAGGUGAUGGAGUCAUACCAAGAGACUGUGAGGAGACGAAUUUGAACAGCGAGAAACUGAUGAUCCCGCUCAAAGACUCACUCUACCUCAGUUUCUUUCCCGAGUGCAGAUGGAUCAGGUUCGUCAUCUUUGGCAACAGCUCACACACCUGUUCCUUCAACAUUACCGAUAGAUUCGUAAUAUUCAACUGUAAUAAUAACGAAGCGGGGAAUUACACCAUCAUCGAAUGCGAUAAAGAGGUGUGGUUAGAUAUUUUCAUUGUAGCUUCAAAUUCUUCCAACAACGUUACCUUGACUCUCGUGCUCAAGGAUAAUAAAGUGGCCUAUGCCGAUUACACAAUAAACAGUGGCCUCAGCCAUCCCCUCCACAUCAACGUGUCAAACAGCACCGGCACGAGGCUGGCUCUCAACUGCCCUCAUAAAUACUGCCUGUUGAGUCCAUCACAACUAGACAGGGUAGGAGACGCAGAGAAAGGGAUAAGGUCCUUCUACGUCCGAGCGGAAGACAACACGACUAUGGUCAUUAUACACCUAAAGAACAACAAAGUCAACUUCUCGGUCCACCACCUCUCUUCCUGGCAGCGCGUGGAUACAGUUUCUUUUGCUUCUGAUUUCCGAGUCUGGAUUGAUGGACAAGAGAAGGUGAUGCUGAAUGAAGGUAGUUUAGGAACGGAGCUGGGAAUUCAGAAAGUGAGGGUGGAGGGCAGAGGUGAACUGAACUUCUGUAACCCCAGCCUUGAGGAAAGUCCUGCGGAAGACAAACAUGUGAUGUGGAAUACGAUUACUACAUUCGGGGGGUGGGCGGUGGCGUGUGUGGCUGUACUCCUGAGCGUCUGCUUGGCCUGCUGCAAGAGACGGCCGUCUAAAACUAAUAGCCGCCACAUAUCCCCUGACGAUAGCGCCUCACUCACCUUAACCAAUCUACCUCGGUACCGACCUAAGACUCCCGAAAACAAAGACGAAGAUGAACCUGGAUCCUCGAGAGGGUCCUUGUCGGCACAUGUGUAUGACAUCAUUGAGCCAAGUGACUCGAAUCUGGGGUCAGCAUUCACCAGAAGGAAUUCUCUUUACAACCACCAUACAUCAUACAACACCGGUGAAGAGAAGACUAGCUAUCUGGGGUCAGCACACUCUAGCGCCAAUAGUAUUUACAACCACCUGUCCAACAACACUGGUGAAGAGAAGACUAGCCAUCUGGGGUAAGCACACGUCAAAACAUUCAAUCACAAAGUCUUACACAAAGGUAAACAAUUACUUGGUUACAGCUGACAACCAGACGUUCACAGUGUAUACAUUUAUAUAGUUGUGCAUAAAUCAAACAUCACGAUCAAUUUCAUAGACUACUUAAAAGCGGUCAUUAGCAACUAUCAAUUAAUUGAAUGUCGUUGGUAAAUGGUAUCUUUUGACCCAUGGGACAAGUUCCUUUUUUUACUAUCGUAGGUAAAAUUUAUUCAUGUUUAAUUGUCGUAGGUGAAACUUUAAUUGUAUUUCAACACCUGUGUUUCACCAUCAAUGUUUCAACAUCUAUGCUUCGACAUCUUUGCUUCGCCAUAUGUGCUGUAACAUGUGCUUCACCAUGUCUGCUUCACCAUCUGUCCUUUACCAUCUGUCUCACCAUUUGUACUUCACCAUCUAUACUUCACCAUAUGUGCUUCACCAUCUGUGCUUCACCAACUUGUACUUCACCAUCUGUUCUUCACCAUAUGUGCUUCACCAUCUGUGCUUCACCAACUUGUACUUCACCAUCUGUUCUUCACCAUAUGUGCUUCACCAUCUGUGCUUCACCAUUUGUACUUCACCAUCUGUACUUCACCAUAUGUGCUUCACCAUCUGUGAUUCACCAACUUGUAUUUCACCAUCUGUGCUUUAGCAAUUUAGGUGUUUAAAACCUACACGAGGUGGGUUCACAGGGUGGAGGGAGGGACAAGUUUUACAAGUAAGAAACAUUACACGAUAUACCUCAGUAAUUUAUCAUUAUUAGAUCAUUAUUAUUAUGUAAAACACUAGUGCGUUUACAGGGGCUCGUCAGGUUUGGUGCAGUGUGGCAGUCCUGUGUUUGUUUACACUAGACAGAAGGAAACUGGCAAUAGUAAACAUACUAUGAAAUCAAAGUAAAACGAUAUUAAAACAAAUAUCUCAGUGAUAAUGAUCUGUGGAAUGUUUAUAUGACGAGCCCCUGUAAACGCACUAGUGAAGGGGACUGUACGUGUUCACCGGUGUGUAGCUGUCUUUAGUAUCAAGUUAUGAGCUUCUGUUUUCUUAUAAAUAAAUAUAUAACUAUUUACCUA